ACGAAUCAGCUGUGUGGGUAAACAAAUUCAGGUCAUGUGACCAGCUAACCUAUUUUUCCGGUGUCCACCGACCAAUGGUAGCGGCCGCUUUGGUCACAUGACUCUCUGAGAUGAAAGGAUGUGACAUCAUUCGUGUACACAAAAAUAACCCAAACUUCACCCGUGUAGCAGAAGAAAGAGCUUGUGAAAUUUGACAUUUGAGUGUGUGUGUUCAUAACGGUGAGAAGAUGAUGUUGCGGCUCAUUACGUUUACACGCAGCGGGAACCUUCCUCAAGUAGGAUAACCGUCGUUUGAUCUCUGUAGAACCAUACAAGGACAUAUCCGAGCUUGUUUAUUUUGCUUCUCGCCAGUGCACUUGGCAAAUCUUUAGUCGUCUACCACUCGCAACUGCUGUCUGCUGGCAGCAGUGAAGACGUGGAGAAUACGAAAGCAGUAUUAUAUGACCUGCUGGUGGUGAUGAUGGAGAUGUUCAUCCCCCUGGUUCUCUUCGUCAUCCUCUUGCUGAUCCGGAAAAAGUUACCAGCCUCCAAAAUGCCUGUUGCCCAGUACCAUGCACGCGCACUUCCAUCCACGGGACUCCUGUCACUUAUACAGAUCUUCUGUGAGGGAGAGGGAGAGCUGGAUCAACAUGGAUUCCUCAACUUCUCCAAGGAAAACCAACUGGGCCGACUGCUAGGCCAGCUACAGGUAGUGGCUGAGGACCACGACUUCUUUAGGCCGGGCAUGUCUCCUAGGGAGAUGGACGACCUACCUCAGAUGUACCAGGCUGUUAUAGAUGACCCGGCCUUUAUGAUUGACUCUCUGCAUAAUGCCACGGACGUCCCCUUGACUUCGGUUUUGGAUGAUGAGGUUCGGUUUAAAAGGUUUCUACGCAACAAUUUGUCGCUGCCUGAUGACGAAGUUGAUGCUUUGAUCAACUCCACUCUCCACGUGAAGCAGAUCUACCACUACAUCUUUGGAGGUCACCUGACUAAAGACGCGCCCGACUACGUCCAGACCAUCGCCGACUCAACAGGUGGGAGGUUCGCCCGCAGCGUGGGGGCCAACCUUGACCCUCCUCCUCCUGAGUCAUCUUUGCAAAACCCUGAUCUCGAUGCUCAGAAAACGAACCUCACCUCCUCCUCUUCCUCCUCGGACUCCCCAGACUCCUCGGACUCCUCUUCCAGAAGAGAGGAGGAAGAAUCUACCCAGUCCUCGUCAUCCUCUCCUCCUCCUCCUCCUCCUCCUGCAUCGUUCCUGGACAGCUCGUUCAUGCUGAAGUCCCUCUCUAACACGUACCUCCCCAAGCUGAUGCAACACCUGGCCAGCGUGUCGGAGACCUCUCACCUCAGCUCUCUCCUCCAGAACAUUCUACUGUCCAGUCCCGACGCUCAGGCGCAGAUUAUGAAGGUCAUGUCGGAACAGAUUUUUAAGAAUUUCGGUUCACUGGAUUUUGACAAGGUUUUAGGGCAGACUCUCCAAAUGCUGCAAGACCCGAAAGGAUUCUCGUCCACCGCGGGGUUUGACCUCUUGAUGAAGAUUCUGGACAUGAUCAAGGCCUACAAGGGGUCAAUUGUGAUCAAACCCGAGCACAUUGCACAAGCUCUCAAGCUGUUGCUGAGGUCGGACAGGCUUCUAGAGGAACUUCUGUGUGACAACAGCACCUUCCACCACGUGAUUGUGCCCUCCACAGACUUCUCCAACACCACCACGACUAAUCUCCAGCAGGACCUGUGUCACCUCAACCACAGUCAGCUGACCGCACUCUCCCAGGAACUCAUCACCCAGAUCUCCGACGACCGACUGGUCAAGAUGCUGAAGUUGAGGGCAGUCAAUCUCACGGCCACUGCCUACAAGCUGAGCUCUUUCUUGGAGAAGGCGGAACAUUUCAUGAAGUUUCAGCGAGAGCUGGAGGAGAUAGCUCAGCUGAUCUCUCUACUGCCUUACAGCGAGAACAUGACCUACUUUCUGAAUGACACGGUCACCACCCCAGGCCCAGGGAACACCUCUGUACCGAUCGACACAGGAGGGGAUGAGGAUCCGGGAGACUCGGGCAAGAAAAAGAACAGCUGGAAGAAGAUGUGGGAUUUCCUUCACAAAACGGUGUGCGGCAAGAAGACGCCGGUCACGACCUCUAAACCCCCGGCGACCUCGACUGGCCGGACGGUGGAGGAACCCGCGCAGCCUGCUGAUGGUGACAGUGGCGGGGACGAUGAUGAUGACAUCCUGGGUAUGACCAAAGCCCAGCAGGACAAGCUGAGCAUCAUCACUCACUACCUGUACCACAACCCCACGGUUCUCUACGCCCCGAAUGGCUCUGCUGCAGGGCAGAUCAUACAGAAGGCCAACGCUACAGUGGCCUUCAUCGACUUGAUCAGCGACUAUGCUAGGGAGUGGCUCAACAUCUCGGAGCAGCUGCAUGUUUACCUACAUCAGGACAAGACAGAGAGGAAUCUGCAGUUGAUGAAGAAGAUGCAAGCCGACAUCCGUGACAAUGAGAGCCUUCUCUCCUGGCUCUUUGGCCUCUACAAUCUUUCACCUUUCCUGGAGAUGGACAUCCACUCCAGCUCCCACUACGAUCACCAGCUCCGCCUGGUGGAUGCCGCCGCACACGCCUGGCUCUCCAUGAUGAGGGGGAUCAACUUGAACAUUUUCAGAGGGUUUGCCUCGGAAGACGACAUGUUGACCUACUUCCUAACCCAGGCCUACCACGACAAUGCCAGUAUCAUAGCAGUUUAUGUUCAUGAUAGAGCACGUCAUGCCACUGUGUCUCACCUUCUCCUGGGUCUACUCUGUGGCUAUGUUGGUACAGAGCAUCGUCUAUGAGAAGGAACAGAGACUUAAAGAGGUGAUGAAGAUGAUGGGCAUGAGUAACGCUGUCCAUUGGUGUGCCUGGUUUGUGACCACCUUCCUACAGAUGACCAUCUCCGUUCUCAUACUGACCAUCCUGCUCAAGAUGGGCAACGUCCUGCCUCAGUCCAACGUGUUCAUCAUCUUCCUGGUCCUACAGAUCUACAUCUGUGCCAUCAUCUCUUUCUGCUUUCUGAUCAGUGUGCUUUACUCCAAGGCCAAGGUCGCAGCGGCGUGUGCGGGCAUCAUCUACUUCCUGUCGUAUGUCCCGUACAUGUACAUCGCCAUCAAGGAGGACAUCGCAGGGGACAACAUCUCUGGAGUCUGGAAGACCUUAGCUUCCCUGUUCUCCACCACGGCGUUUGGUCUAGGUGCCAAGUACUUUGCCUUCUAUGAGGAGAUGGGUGUGGGUGUCCAGUGGGACAACUUGUCUAUCUCCCCCACGGAGCAUGACGAGUUUAACCUGUUCCUGGUCACUCUGAUGAUGGUGGUCGACUGCAUCGUCUACGGGCUGCUGGUCUGGUACAUAGAACAUGUACAUCCUGGUGUACAAGCUGGGCAAGAAAACAGCGGUGAAGAACCUGAGUUUGAACCUGUAUGAGGGACAGAUCACUUCCUUCCUGGGCCACAACGGGGCUGGCAAAACUACCACCAUAAUGAUUGAUGACUUGGGACUACCCGACAAACGGAACACGCGUGUAGACUGUCUGUCCGGCGGGAUGCAGCGGAAACUUUCCGUUGCCAUCGCCUUUGUGGGAGGGUCAAGGACGGUCAUCCUGGACGAGCCCACGGCUGGUGUUGACCCCUACGCUCGGAGAGCGAUCUGGGAUCUGCUGGUCAAGUUUAAGAAAGGUCGCACCAUCCUGCUGUCCACCCACCAUAUGGACGAGGCAGAUUUUCUCGGUGACCGUAUCGCCAUCAUCUCGAAUGGAGAGCUCAAGUGCUGCGGGUCCUCUGUCUUCCUUAAGAAUGUGGUCGGGGAGGGGUACCACCUCACCUUGUCCAAGGUAGAACCGCCACACUCUGGCAAGGAGGAGGAGGAUGAAGAUGAUGGUGAAGACAACCCUACUGAUGAUGAGGAGGACGAGGACUUGCUUGAUAUUGGGAGUGAUGAUGAUGAUGGCGAUGGUGCGAAAGCUAAAGGUGAUCAGAGGAGUAAGGUCAAAGGUCAGCCGCAGACGGCCGUGGUGUGCCAGGAGAGCCGAGUGACCAAGUUUGUGACCAAGUACGUGUCCAGCGGCUACCUGGUGUCGGAGAGUACCAGAGAGCUGCACUACGUCCUGCCCUUUGAGGAGGCCAAGAAGGGCGGGUUCGAGAAACUUUUCACAAACCUGGACAAUUCACUGAGUGAGCUGGGUAUCAGCAGUUAUGGCGUGAUGGACACUAACCUCGAGGAAAUCUUUCUCAAGGUCACAGAAGCAGCUUACAUAGAAGAAGACGGCUUGGAGGACUCCAAACCUCUGGAAAGCUUCAGCCCAGAACACGCCCACAGUCACAGCGACGACCCCCCAGCCUACCCCGCCGUCCCCCCAAUGGCAGCAGGACAUCAGCACCAGCACGCAGCUAGGACGUCCUCUCCCACACUGUUCGGGGCGUCUGGUGGUGUGGCAGAGAACCGUGGAGCUGCUGGCGUGGGUGGUGAUGAUGAUGAUGAUCAGUGGGAGUGUGAUUCGGACGACGUGCCUCUUCUGAGUGGGGGGCAAGGAGGUGUGGUGUUGGAAGACUUCAGCGUGGACCCAUCACGCGUGCCGGGCGGCAGGCCGCGCAGCCGAAGUGCGAGUAUGGUCAACAUGGCUAGUGUGGGCGGAGGAGCUACUCUCAGAUCUGCCGAGACCCCCAGAAUCCUGCUGGAGGGCCGUGGUAGUCACAUGAUGGGCCCCAAGCUGCUGCUGGCCAACCACUUCAAGGCCGUCAUCAUCAAACGCUUCCACUACAUCACCCGCAACUGGCGCAGCCUCUUCUCCCAGAUCAUCCUGCCCGCCAUCUUUGUGGCCAUCGCCAUGACGGUGGCCCUGGCCGCCCCCUCGGUGGACGACCUCCCACCGCUGGAACUGAGCAGCACGCAGUACACCAACAUCACGCUGCCCAGGGGGAAUUAUGUCCCUUUUACCAACGAGAGGAUGAGCCAUAGAUCUGUGGUGAACCCAGACGACGCUGACGCUGUGAGGCUCCAGUCUACCCUAUCUCUACCGUCGGGCCUGGGCUCUAGCUGUGUGGUUCGAAAUCCCGACGUGUGGCAUGUUAACAGCUCAGCCGACUACAACCCCGGCUGUCAGUGGCUCUUCUCCCCGGGCCUACACUACCCACUGGACCACCGGGAGAGAUACGGCCUCAACGACUUCAACAUGUCUCUCAAUCCUUUAGACCCCAGCUACUCCUGUAAGAAGUACUACCCCCACGGCUGUGCCUGUAAGUCGGACGGUACGGGCUUCAUCUGUCGCCAGCAAUCCUACGAGCAGCCCCCGGGCUUCCGAGUGGUCACGUUGGACCUGAUGGAGAACGUCACAGGACAGAAGACUUCCGAUUAUCUGCUCUUUACUACCUAUGAUAAGGAGAUGCAUCGAUGUGGUUCAACCACAAAGGCUACCACUCUAUGGGAGUGUUCCUGAACGCGCUGAACAACGCCAUCCUCCGGGCCAACAUGCCGGCGUCUAAAGGCAACCCAGCAGCCUACGGCAUCACGCUGUACAACCACCCCUGGAACGACACUAACAGCCAGCUCUCCUCCCUCGACUACAUCUUGGAGGGCUCGGACGUGCUGAUCUCCAUCUUCAUCAUCGCGGCCAUGUCGUUUGUGCCGGCCAGCUUCGUGGUGUUCCUGGUGUACGAGAAAUCUACCAAGGCCAAGCACCUGCAGUUUGUCACCGGCAUGAACCCGGUCAUGUACUGGAUCGGAAACUACACCUGGGACAUGGCAAACUACGUGAUCCCCGCCUUCAUGUGUGUCAUGAUUCUGCUCAUCUUCCAAAUCCCGGCCUACGUGUCUGCUGGUAACCUUCCCGCUGUGGUUGCUCUCUUCCUCAUGUAUGGAUGGUCCAUGACACCGGUGAUGUACCCAGCCUCAUUCUGGUUCAAGGAGCCCAGCACAGCGUACAUCGCCCUCAUCGUCAUCAACCUGUUCACGGGCAUCACCUGUAUUGUCUGCAGCUUCCUACUGGAGAUCUUCUCCUACGAUCAUGACCUAGAGCGUGUUCACAAAGUCCUUAAGGUGGUGUUCAUGAUGUUCCCCAACUACUGCCUGGGCCGAGGUCUCAUGGAGCUGGCCUUUAACGAAUACCAGAAUGAGUACUACUUCAAAACAGGUCAAAUGGACAAGAUGAAGUCAGCCAUGGAAUGGGAUUUGAUCCCCUGCCAUCUGGUUGCCAUGGCCUGUGUAGGGCUGUUGUUUUUCUGCCUGACCCUCAUGUGUGAAUAUCGCUUCUUUAUUCGCCCAAGACAAAGCCGAGUGUCCCAGACCCCCCAAGUGGGAGAAGACAACGAUGUUGCGAUAGAGCGUCGCCGCGUGACCCGAGGAAACGGCAAAUACGACACGCUGGUCCUGGACAACUUGACCAAGGUGUACAAGACUCGUAAGUUGGGUCGCCAUCUAGCGGUGGACCGUCUGUGUCUGGGAGUGCCCCCUGGUGAGUGCUUCGGCCUGCUGGGAGUCAACGGGGCCGGCAAGACCACGACCUUCAAGAUGCUGACCGGUGACCUUGAACCCUCCUCAGGCAGUGCUUACCUCAAUGGCUACAGCAUGGAGGAGUGUGAGGCCCUAUGUUCUCGUAUGGCCAUCAUGGUGAACGGAACAUUCAAGUGUCUGGGCAGUGCCACGCACCUCAAGAACCGCUACGGCGACGGAUACACCUUCACCAUACGCGUGAGGGGACCCAACUACCAGCAGGCCGCCACAGAGGUGCUGAGAUUUGUGAACCGGAACAUUCCCCAGGCUACGCUCAAAGAGCAACACUACAACAUCGUCCAGUACGAGCUGAAGAGCCGGCCAGUGUCUGUGGCCCAGCUGUUCUCAAAACUGGAAGAGGCAGAGAGAAACCUGAGCAUAGAGGACUACAGCGUCAGCCAGAACACGCUGGACAAUGUGUUUAUCAAUUUCGUUAAGCAACAGACAGAGAUUGUACAAGACGAGAGUGAGGAGGAUCCGCGGUCACGCUCGCUGAGUUCAAGGCUACGCAUGCGGGCGACCAGCGUCCUGCGACAGUCAGAUGAGCCGAUGCUCAUACCCAGGAACAACUCCGACGACAGUCUCAACCUCAGUGAUGAUGACAUCAUGUUGAGGCUGGAUGAUAACGAUGGAACUCGCUUGACACUGAUGCCCAUGUAACAAUGCCGCUGUAGAAGAGGGGAGAGAUAAUAGAGAGAGAAAGAGGAAGAGGAGGAAGAGGAAAAGUGAAGACAGAGAGUGCUGCAACGUGGCAACAACACUGUCACCUCCAGCGUCUACUGUGUGCUCCUGUUCCGUGGUCUGUGUGGGCCAAGCGUAAUGGAUCUCAGUUUUACUUCAUCUCAUCUUUUUUUUGUGUACAAAUUGCCUUAUGUACCCCUCCCCCCUUCCCCAAUCCACCCCCCCCCCUUCUCAUUACCACUUCCAUUCCCGGUUGGACACUAUUUUGUGAUCCACACUUGUGCCCCAUGUUCAUUUGUGUGAAGUCAUGAUACAAGCUGAUGAUACAUUUAUAUGAUGAUUUUAUUGAUGAGAGAUGGCAGGUGCUUUAUGAUACACAUAUGUGCCCCAUUUUUGGGUGGGUUUUUUAAAAUAUUCAUUUGUCUGAAAUCAUGAAACAAAACUGGUACAGUGAAAUGAAUAUCAAUGACAGAAGGAUAUUUUAUGCCGAUACACGGCAGUAUAUUGUCUUAUGUAUGUGCCCGCUCUGUUUGAAAUCACAUUAUAGGCUGACAAUGCAUUUUUUAAAAUGACUUUAUCAAUGAAAGAGCAACUGCCCAUGGCAUGAUAGAAUAUGUGUAAAAAGCUUGGGUCAUCAUAAAUAAAUGAAGAUUUUAUUUUAAUUUUAUAUUGUUUCAAUGGAUGUCCCUGCUUCCGUCAUUUUGUCAUACCACGGCCCCAGAAGAACAAGAUACUAUCUUCAUUGAUCCCUGUCUCUUUUGAGAUAUUGGACUUGAAAGUUCUUACUAACAAGAUACAUGUAAUAUCUAAAUCACUGUCUCUUUUGAGAUGUUGGACUUGAAAGUUCUUGCUAACAAGAUAAUAUCUAAAUCACUGUUUGAAAUUUUUCUCACCCUAUAUCUCCCUCAAUUAAAAGCGCAGGAAGAACAAAUAGAACAUGGUUUUAUCUCAGAAAAUUAAGAGGUAGGGUUUGUAACUUUUACCUGUGAUGUAGCGGGAGCACAGGGGGAGCCUCCAGACACACCAGCUCCAAACUCAGGUGGUUGGCGGGUGCUCUGGUAUCUGUCGUCCUAAUCUCACCUCCUUUUUUGUGUUUGUUUUGUUACUCUCUUGUAACACCUCUAAUCUUCGGCACUUAUAUGACCUUAUUGUGUUUUUCAAAUGCCGUAAAACUCUUACUAAAAGUAAAACUUCUAACUCUUAACAUUCCCAGCUAGAAUGUUGUUGUUCUAGGGUCAGGAUAUGCUACAAGUUUGGUUAUAUUAUAUGACGUAUGUUAUAUUAUUGUCUGUCUCAUCUGUCUGUAUUGCGGCUGUGAAGGGUAGGAGCUUUACAUAACGUCACCUCAGGUCAUUGGAUCCAUCUGUUGUUCCUUCACAAAAUUUGUUCUAAUGGAAAGGGUGGGUAGACUGCUCUCCAUCCAUCCCAUAGCAAGACAGCUGUAGAAAUUGUCUCAAAUGUUUAUCUGUUUGCGAUCUUCGAGAUCCGCCCCCCCCCCCCCCCUCCGCCACCUUUCUGUGGCCACCUUUAUCACUAUCUGUGGUGUAAUAGUUAGGCUCUUUGCUAUUGCUCACAGAUGAUCUGAGUUUGAUUCCUGCCUGGGAAAUGUGUGUU